AGCAAGUGAAGGCAGGUAGGUUUUUGGCUGGGUUGCUACAAGAUUUCUGAACACUUCAAAAGAAAUAUCCGGAGAGCUCAAAGGAGAUUGAAGGAGCCACAGAGAUGUUCUGGCAUUAACAAGGAGAAAUCACAAGGGAGGAUCACAUGGCAUGGAUAUCCAGGUGCCAUUUACUCUUGUGCGAUGCUAUGGAGGGGUAACAGCCAGUUAACUGCAUGAUUCCAUGGGAACAUAAAGUUCUGCACAAUUCUGUAGCUAUUGUGAGGAAAGUCACUGGGAGAGCUGAGUUCUGCUGCCAUUGUGGAAGAAAAAUCCCAUUCAAGCUUGUUCCUGUUGGCAUCUUCCGCCUUCCCUCCUGCCCUUGAGCCUGCAGAGGAGGCACCCUGCUAUUCGCCAUGACAAACAGCAGCUUGACUCUAAGCAGCCUGGAUGCCGUUUACAUCACCAUCGAGUCCAUUAUUGGGAUAUCUGCGACCCUGGGCAACAUCCUGGUCAUCUGGGUGGUGAAGCUGAACCCAGCUUUUCAGACAAACACCUUCUACUUCAUUGUCUCCCUGGCGCUGGCCGAUAUAGCCGUGGGCAUCCUCGUCAUGCCGCUGGCCAUCGUGGUGAGCCUGGGAGUCGUCAUCCACUUCUACUCCUGCCUCUUCAUGUGCUGCCUGUUGGUGGUUUUCACUAAUGCCUCCAUCCUGUCUCUCCUGGCUAUAGCGAUCGACAGAUACCUGAGAGUGAAGCUGCCCACCAGGUACAGAAUAAUCACCACAAAGAGAAGAAUUUGGAUGGCCCUUGGAAUUUGCUGGCUGUUGUCCUUGCUGACAGGAUUUGUCCCCAUGUUCGGAUGGAAUCAAAGGAUUGACCCAAAAAAGCCCAGUGAACUCAAGUGUCAAUUCGUCUCUGUGAUGAGAAUGGACUACAUGGUGUAUUUCAGCUUCUUUGCCUGGAUCCUCAUCCCUCUGAUCCUCAUGUGUGCUCUGUACAUCGAGAUCUUCUACAUUAUCCUGACAAAGCUAAGUCAAAGUGCAACGAACACAAAUGCAGGAGUGUUUUAUGGGAAGGAGUUCAAGGUGGCCAAAUCUUUGGCCUUCGUCCUCUUCUUGUUUGCAAUUUGUUGGCUGCCUUUGUCCAUUCUAAACUGUAUCAAAUAUUUCUGUCCCAACUGUCUCAUCCCGCGGCAUCUGUGGUACGUGAGCAUUCUGCUGUCUCACUCCAAUUCAGUCAUGAAUCCCAUUGUCUAUGCUUGCAAGAUAAAGAAGUUCAAAGACACUUAUACUCUUAUUUUAAGAACCUAUGUCCUGUGCAUGAGUCCAAAGCCAGUCAGUCCUAGCAUAGAGCAAACAUCAGAGUGCGACCCAGUGACCCCUUGAUGCAAACUGGCAGAGGGUCCAGGGGGCACGCAUAGGAUUUUACAGGGAUUCCCUGAGACACAUAUAUGUAUAAUAAUUCACCAAAGGAUGGCAGAUGAGGUCUCUACCGAGAGCCAGUAGUCCACUGGUCAUCAUAACUAUUGCAAUAUAUAUGGAUGGAUAAUAUUUAAGGAGUUAUGUAUCUAUAUUGAAAAUAAUGUUCUUAAGGUCUUCGAGUCAAAGCAGGUCACAUACCUCAGUAAUGUUCUUUUCAGACAAGUGGUAAUAUCUCAGUCUGGUCAUUUGUGUAAUGCGUAUCUCAUGAAGUAUGCCUAUUUGCAUAUUGAGCCAGGUGCUAAUUAAGAGACUGGGAAAUCUGUUUUUUCUUCCUGUAGAUUUCCUCUCUUGUAGAAGGAGAGUUUCCUGCUUAUGAAUAGACAAAGGAUUGUUUUGGGUAUAUCUUGGUGUGCAAAGGGACACACUGAAACCUUCACCUUGGAGGCAAACUGACAGCAUGCAUAUCUCGUGCAAGGAAGGGGUCACAGCCAGCCUGGCUGCAAAGUGCUGCAAGGAUUUUUAGAUGAGCAAUACUCUACUAGCCAGGACAGUAUCUUGUUAAUUAAGUCUAGGCUCUAGAAUGCAUGCUA